AUGGCCGCGCGCUUGCGAUUAGAUCAUGCCCAGCAAGGUGUUUAUCGGAAUUCUAGGCGGGGUGAGAUGUUGCUUCCUAAUACGGGCGUCGGAGCUGUCGAUAGUCCGGAGAAGACGUUCUUGGACGUUCAAGGAUCGGGUUUGCGGCAACACUUCAGCGAUGUGGCGAUGGAGGAAGAUGCCUAUUGGCUCUCCAAUACCAGUAUGGCAGACCGAGUACAAGGGUAUCAGAGCGGUUAG